AGCAAGCCUACUUCCGCCUCUCAUCCGUCCAUCACCCUUCUUCCUCUCACCACCGCGCCCAUCCUCAAAACCCCACACACAUCUCCCCUCCGAGCCCCUUUCUCCCCUCCUCACCGCACCAGCUCCUGCCGACGCCCUCCGCGACGACCAGCCCGCUUCAUAUCGCAUUCUGGUCAUCGCCGGCGGUCAUUGAUUACCGUUAGCCUCGCGUCGGCCUUCAUACCAUCCACAUGGACCAGCCACCGCCGUCCCCUCAUCAGCAAGCCGCCCCCGGCGAGCAGACUGUCUCAUUGUCCGAUGACAAGCCUCCUGCCAAGCCUCCCGUUGUCAGAGGCGCUCGGGCUUGCACAGUAUGCAGAGCCGCAAAGAUGAAGUGUGUGGGUGCCGAUGACGGCAACAAUAUUCCUUGUCAGCGCUGCAAGCGCUCUGGUGCAGAAUGUGUUUUCGAGAAGCAUCGUCGCGGUCGAAAGCCCGGUUCAAGACUGUCGGAGGCGUCCAAAAUGCUCCGACGCCUAGAAAAGGGCCUGAACAGCGCAAAACAGAAGUCGAACAUGAACGAUAGCCUGACUCUUCCCCCGCUCGUCGGGACUUCAUCAGCUGACGGUCGCUUCCGAGAUAAUGGCGGCCCCAGCGGUUCGCAUUACACGGGGCCGGAAUUGCCUCCGUUGAACCUUCCCUCUCAUAUGCAAGAGGGCUAUGCCAGGUCGAACCAAACCUCUGACUCCGAGAUGGACGAAGACGAAGAAGACGACCAAAAGGACGGCGGCAUGUAUCCUGCCCGCGUCAUCAAGCAGAACUCGCGCAAUUCGUCGUUCUUCAAGACCAUUCUCAACCCUGCGGACGAGGCUCCGGUAGCUCGGUCAUCGGGCGCCUCCGAGCGUUCGUUUUCACAGAACCCACCGUCGCCACACACGUCGGCACAACCGUCUACCUCGGUAGCUUCUCUCUUUGCAGACGGUCAGACACUGAAGGACCCCGUUGAGGCGGGUCUCCUUGCCGAGGACGAAGUCAUCAACCUCUGGGACAUGUUCUACCUCCGUCUCAACCCCUUCAUCAACCUGUUCGACCCUGCUCUACACACCUACUCGUAUGUGCGCAGCAAGUGCCCAUUCCUCUUCACGGCCUUCAUCAUGGCGUGCUGCAAGUUCUUCAAACCGGAGAUGUACCAACCGGUGCUGCGGCUCGCGCAUCAGUUCGCCGUGCGUGCCUUCGCCGAGAACUGGAAACGUGUUGAGGUCGUGCAGGCUUUCGCGUGCAUGACGUACUGGAAGGAGCCCGACGACACGCGCACGUGGACGUACAUCGGGUACGCGUGUCGCAUGGCCAUCGAACUCGGGCUCAACCGCUACGCCGGGCGGCGACCCGCGGGCGAGAGCGAGCCGCAAAUGCUCGAGCGCCGUAACCGCGAGCGGACGUACCUGGUGCUGUGGGUGCAUGACCGCAGUUUGAGCAUGCAGACGGGAAAGCAUUGGAUGCUCCCGAAGGACGACGAGCUCGUGAGGCGUUCAGGGACGUGGCACGAAGAGGGCGGCGCCCAGGUCCGCCAGGAGGACGUCAUCGUGUCGGCCUUCACGCAGCUGCGGGGUAUUGCAGCGAAUACGACCGACAUAUUCAACAUGGCGCAGGGCGGGUCGAUGUCGAGUGGAGACGACGUUGAUUACGAAGUCCUCCUGCGCGACUGUAACAGCAAGCUCAAUCAAUGGGUGCAGACGUGGCGAGAGGAGAUGAAGCGAGCGGGUGGUUCGGUGUUCCACAUCUCGAUGUUGAUGUUCUUCCAACUGCACGUGCGGCUUUUCCUCAACACGUUCGGCAUACACUCCAACAGCUCGUCGCCGUCCUGCAACGUCGAGGCGUUGAAUGCAUGCUAUCACUCUGCGAUUUCGAACCUCAAGCUCGUAGCACACGAGUUCGUCGAUCUGCAGAUGCUGCGGUACGGACAGGACUCGAUAACGGUCAUGACGGCGUAUUCUGCUGUCGUCCUGCUCAAGCUCCUUCGUGCUGACAUCUCGCCGUCGUUGUUGCAGAGGAAGCCGGAUGCAAUGAGUGAGAUCCACAGCGUGAUCACCAUGACGGCGAAGGCGUAUAACGACGCCGCGCACCUGAGCCACCAGUCGUACUCCGCUGCGUACCACGCGCGCUUCCUGCAGUCGCUCAUCGCCAAUGACGUCCAGAAGGAGCGUCAGCGGCAAGCUGAGCGCGAGCGGUACGCUGGCGUCAACGGGCGCGCGGCGUCGUCGCCGUACACGCCUGUCGGCCACUCGGCGAACGGGUAUGGUCAGCAGAUGUAUGGGGCGCCCGUCGUGCAGGCCAAUGGCGUUGAUCAUCCACACGCCCACCAGCACAACGGCUACUACGCGCAGUCGCCCACUGCCCCUUCGUCUACACUGUCGUCGAGCGCGGCCUCGUCCUCGUCCUCCCCGUACUCCCACCCCGCGCCCUCGUCAUCGUACAUUCCCCAUCGCGAGCAAGACUACGCGAUGUCGGACUCGACGCAGCGCGGGGGCGGCAUGGGCAGCUUCAGUCUGGCGGGGAUUUCGACGACGUACGCGCAGUACCAGGCUCAGCCGAUGGCGGAGCACGACGCGUUGUACUGGCGGAACAUGUUCAAGGACCUUGGGUUCGACGGCGGCGCGGAGCCGCAGCAGGCGCACCCGCAGCCCCAGGCGCCGACGCACGCGUACGCGAACGGUGCGGGGUAUGUGGCGCCAGCGGGUGCAUUGGCUGAGGCGGGCGCGAGCGCGGUGCAUAUGCAGCAGCCCCCGGCGCAUCCGGCGCAGCAGCAGCAGCAGCCGUAUGGAGGAGUGACGUAUCGCGAGGCCCCCGCUGAGCAUGCACAUCCCGGGUACCAGAGCCAUGGCGGGUACACUGGGUAUGUGACUGGGUACACGGCCAGCUAUGGUCGGUAACGUCCCCGGUCUUGUCUCGUGCCGUCGUCUUCAUUGCAUGAACGUUCUUGAACUCUUCCCCAUCCUCGAGCCGUUGUACAUACUUGCAAGCAUCACCAUCUUCUUGUCCCCACUCUAUACACCACGAUCUAGUCGCAUUCGCCUUCGCACCCGGCCCUCAUCUUCUCUCGACCGCCCCCUCGCCUCCUAC